AUGGACAAUGGACGGUGGGCCUGCGGUGGCCUGCUCAACAGUCCCACAAGCGAGCGGGUCGCGGUCCCCUGGGACCUGACAGAUCAUGGCCCCCUGGUUGGCCACGGCAGACGACGCUCCGACGCGCGCCACACGACGCCAGUCGUCGUCGUCGGCUCUCACUUCGCGGCCUGCACCUGGACCGUCGCCUUUGGCGAGCAGCAGCCGUCGACCCACCACGACCGAGUAUACGAGCAGCAGCAGAAUGACUUGGUGCCGACGGAGAGCGGACAUCUUUCACCCAUUGGCCCCUCGCGCGCAACGACAAAGGGCUGGCGGAUCGCGCCAAAGGACAUACUAGCAGGCAGGAGUCGGUACCGCGAGACGAGCAGACACGAGGUGGGUGGCAUGGUCGCGGACGGGCGGCAUGCAUCGUUCCGUAUAUAUGCCUCGGAACCCGGAUCCCCCGCCGUCGUGGGCGCAUCGGAAACAGAGCAGGACCGCUGCGUCGCCUCUCCCUCGAACGACGGUCGGCUGCGCAUGCGGCUCUACAGCGGCACACGGUGGCAUGACGAGACGUCACAUGUCGUCGGCACGAAGGGAAACUUGAUGACGAGGCGGGAAACCUGUUUUCGGAAGAAAACGACGACGGCGAUGAGGAGAGCGACGGAGCAGAGGGGGAGCCGGAUCAUGACUCUGCACCUGGCUCCGACGGCUUGCAACAAGGAGGUGGAGGAGCAGCCGAGGAGGACGAGGACGGCGGCGGCCAGAAGGCAGGGACAUGUGCGGCAUCAGCGUACGAGGGACGACGAAGACGACGACGACGACGACGACGACGACGCAUCGGGCAUACGAUCGGCGGCGAACAAAAAGUGCGCGCACGCCACCACGCACCAAUGCCCGUACCUCACAGACUCCAACUCGACGCUCUGCGCGCCCUGUUCCGAGGCCGUGGCAAAGGGCCAGCCUUGCGGCUGA